GGAUCAACAUGGCUGACCUACCCCAGACUGUGCUGAUCUCAGGCUGCUCGUCAGGAAUUGGCCUGGAACUCGCAGUGCAAUUGGCUCAUGACUCCAGGCAGCGCUACCAGGUGGUGGCCACCAUGAGAGAUCUGGGAAAGAAGGGGACACUGGAGGCAGCAGCCGGGGAGGCUCUGGGUCAGACCCUCACUGUGGCCCAGCUGGACGUCUGCAGUGAUGAGUCAGUGGCUCAAUGUCUCAGCUAUAUCCAGGGAGAAGUGGACGUGCUGGUAAAUAAUGCUGGAGUGGGCCUGGUGGGGCCCCUGGAGGGGCUCAGCCUAGCUACCAUGCAGAAAGUCUUUGAUACCAACUUUUUCGGAGCUGUCCGUCUGGUCAAAGCUGUGCUUCCUGGCAUGAAGAGAAGGCGACAGGGCCACAUUGUGGUGGUCAGCAGUGUCAUGGGGCUGCAGGGUGUUGUGUUCAACGAUGUCUAUGCAGCCUCAAAGUUUGCUCUGGAAGGAUUCUUUGAGAGUCUGGCCAUCCAGCUGCUCCAGUUCAAUAUCUUCGUCUCCCUGGUGGAACCCGGCCCGGUGGCCACGGACUUUGAAGGAAAGCUCCUGAAGCAGGUUUCCACAGCCCAGUUCCCGGGCGCUGACCCCGACACCCUGCACUACUUCCGGGAUCUCUACCUCCCGGCUUCCAGGGAGCUCUUUCGCUCCGUGGGACAGAGCCCACAGGACGUGGCCCAGAUUAUUGUCAAGGUCAUCGGCUCGGCCAGACCACCCCUACGCCGGCAGACCAACGCCCGCUACGCCCUGCUGACGGCGCUCAAAGCCGCGGACCCCUCCGGCAGCCUGUACGUGCGAACCGCCCGCGGCCUGGUGUUCCGCUGGCCCCGCCUCCUCAGCCUUGGCCUCAGCUGCCUGGCCUGCCGCUGCUUCCGCACCCGGGUUGGGCCCCGGUGAGCCUCUCCCAACUCUUCCCACUCCUGAACAGCCAGAUCUUUUCAGUCCACACCCAGAUCAGAGGCCAUGCAGACCAUUCAUUCAUUCAUUCAUUCGUUUAUCAAAUUCUGCCUAACCUGCCCUGUACCUGGGCAAUGCUGUCUCUAGACACAGACCCCUCCCUGGUCAGAGCUGGGGCAGAGAGAAGGAACCUAGGACCCUGGGCUGACGUGUGCUGUGUCUGGGAAGGCAGGGGAGGCUUCCUGGAGGAAGGGGUACUGUCCAUGGACAUUGAAGGGUGAGAUAGACUGUCUCUCAGGAUUUCAUUAUCUUGGGCCUGGAAAUACAGGAAUGAUCCAAACACUUCUAUCACCCUUCCUCCACAACACACAUGCAUAGAAUUGGGUUCACUGGGGGGUCUCCAGACUAUUCUGGUCACACAUACUACAUCAAGAAAAUGUGUUUGUCGGGGCAGGCCCGCAGGCCUGGCCAGGCAGGCAG